UUAUUCCUAAACUAUCAAACUGUCAUUUUCAUGGUAUCUUAAAAAAUUGUUUUUUAAUUUGAGGAAAAAGAUUCGAGUUAAGUUAAGACAUUGUUUGGUAUUCCCUCUGUCGUUUACUCAUUCUGUGCGCCUCUUUAGCCUUUUGCCUUUACUAUUUGUUAGUCAUCCUUCGAACCCAAUUUUACUUUUCGUCGGAGAGAGACCGUAUGGAUAUCGAAGGCACCCCGGCUUCCCAUGGAUUUUACAUGCCUGGAGAAUUUGAACCCCACUCACAAAGCUGGCUUGGUUGGCCUGAUCGCUCAGAUAACUGGAGAAAUAAUGCAGUCCCUGCUCAAUGUGUAUUUGUCAAGGUAGCUUCUGCUAUCUCAAAGUUUGAGCCAGUGACUGUCUGUGCAAGUGCUUCUCAGUGGAGCAAUGCACGGAAUCAGCUACCUGAACAUAUCAGGGUUGUUGAGAUGAGUAUGAAUGAUUCGUGGUUUCGUGAUACUGGACCAACUUUUGUUGUAAGAAAAAGCAGGUUCACUACUUCUACAUUCGAAGGAAAAGUUGCUGGCAUUGAUUGGAAUUUUAAUAGUUGGGGAGGUAUUGACAAUGGCUGUUAUCUAGAUUGGAGCCAUGACCUUCUUGUGGCACAAAAGAUUCUGGGAAUUGAGAAGCUUCCAAGGUUUUCCCAGUCUGUAAUUCUUGAAGGUGGAAGCAUCCACGUGGAUGGAGAAGGAACUUGCCUUACCACUGAGGAGUGUCUUUUGAAUAAGAACAGGAAUCCACAUUUGAGUAAGGUACAAAUAGAAGAUGUCCUGAAGGCAUAUCUUGGAAUCAAAAAGGUUAUUUGGUUGCCUCGUGGACUUUAUGGUGAUGAUGACACGAAUGGUCAUAUUGACAAUUUGUGCUGCUUUGUGAAACCUGGAGUUGUUAUGUUGUCCUGGACAGAUGAUGAAACGGAUCCUCAGUAUGAGCGAUCAGCAGAGGCCUUUUCUGUUCUCUCCAAUUCUACCGAUGCCCUAGGCAGGAGUAUUGAAAUAAUAAAACUUCACAUACCAGGACCAUUGUACAUGACUGAAGAAGAGGCUAAUGGAGUUUUAACGGAUAAUGAAGCUAAACCAAGACUUGCUGGUACAAGACUUGCUGCUUCAUACGCAAACUUCUACAUUGCUAACGGUGGAGUCAUUCUACCCCAAUUUGGGGAUCAGAAAUGGGAUGAAGAGGCAAUUCGAGUCGUUUCUCAAGCCUUUCCAAAUCAUGAAGUGGUAGGAAUUGAAGGUGCAAGGGAGAUUGUUCUGGCAGGUGGAAAUAUACAUUGCAUAACUCAGCAACAGCCAACCAUUCCAAAAUGAUCGGCUCACUGCUGCAUCUUCAACCCAAAAUUUUAAAAUGGUGUAAUUUCUAUCAUUUUAUUUCUCAUAUACUGCACCAAAUAUUUCACCCCCAAAAAUUAUUUCCUUUGUUUUUAUUGUUUUAAUUAUAAACAGUUAAACUAGUUAAUUAAUAAAUCAAUUAAUCAGUAUCAUUGAAUGAUUAAAAAACACUAAAUAAAUGAAAUGAAAUUCAUUGAAGAUAUACAAAUAAAACAAAUUCUCGACUACGUCAUUGAAUAUUCCGAGGGACUCAUUAUUACUCCUGUAUUGGUUGACCCUUUAUUUUUUUGGCGAUGUCACGUUAUGUAAAAUUAACUUUGUAUUUGGAAGCACGUAUAAUUAGAAUUGAAUGUAAUUAGUGAGUUACGCACU